ACUACAAAAUGUAUGGACAUAGAGGGAUCUUUUAAGUGUGACUGUUUGGAUGACUUCAUUGAGACGGACUUGAGUAUCAGAUUGUGCGUUGCUUGUCCCAGUGGGCAAUUUAAAACCAAUAAAACCAGUUCCGGAUGUAAAGAGUGUUCAUUUGGCAGAUCUGGUUUAAACUGUAGUGAUUCAUGGCAGCUGGUGCUGGUAAUCGUUGGCUCUGUGCUCGGAGGGCUGCUGCUCAUCAUGGUCAUCCUUCUGCCUGUAAUAGCUCUCACAUGCAAGAAAACAAAAAAUGCAGAUUCUGGACAAUCUUAUGUCAGCAAGUCUACUGCCAAGAUACCAGUGGUUAACGGGAACUUUGCCAGUCACAAGGCCACCCCAGUUAAUGGGUUAGCCAAUGGCCUGGCAGCCUUUGCCAACACUGGGAUGCCUAGAAUCCCACGGGCUACAACCAACAGUAGCUGGAAUAGCAGAACCACGCUGGAGAUGACUCCAAGCAACAGCCGACAAAACCUGAUCUCUGCAGACAGGAACUCGUGGACUAACAAUAUCCAAGAUGACAUGAACCCAUAUCCUAAGUCUCGAGCCCAGACCAGCCUGUAUGCUAGUGGACGAGCCCAGAACAACCCCUAUGCAAAUGGACGACCCCAGAACAACCCCUAUGCCCAGAAUGGACUUCAGUCCAACCCGUAUGCUCAGACCAAUGGAAGAAGGUUUGACUUAUGAGAAAAGGUCUAUUUGCUCAGAUCAAGAACAUGCUGCAGUUCUGUUGGAAAUCACAGAAAUAGUUUUCUUUUUCCCAUUAAUGUCCCAGUAAUGUAAGAGUUGUAUGAACAGAAGUCCAGUGGCUGAAGAAAUGUGGAGUAAUGAAUAUUCUAUAUGUUUUUCUUCCACAUUGGCCCACAUAAUAUGAAGUCUAUUCUGGACAAUUCUAAUCUUUGUCAGAGUUUUGGAUAUGAGAUGCACCUUUCAGAGGUUUGUCAAUAUUGUCGGUCAGUUGAAAUAUUACUGAGGAAUGUUUAAUUAUUUAAUUGUGUUGAACAAGAGACUGAUACUCUGCAACGUGGAUCAGUUAUGAGUUUACAGGUGGUCGUUUUGUAGGCAAAAUGUUUUAAGUUUGUGAUGAGUCCAUUUUUAUUGAA